UCAAAAUAACAAAAAAUGGGCCUCUUGUUAAACGCUGCUAUUAUUGCAUCACAUGCUCAAGGCCUCAAAACGCUGUUGCUGUUACUGGCAGUAGCCAUGGAUAUGGCGCUCACGCUUUCCACUUCUUCUUCUUCUUCUCGAUACCCCCUUUUCCUGCAAGCCCGAUCUCAUUCUCCAUUUAAAGCUUUCAACUUUGAAACAAAUUGCUCUUAUAGUCGCUCAAUUCAAGUUAGUGCCACAAAGACCAAAAGAAAGCCAAGGCCUAGCUUUUUUGAACAAAUUCGUGAUAAAUGGUCUCUCAAAGUCCCUUCAACAAGAGACACGUUUCCAUGGCAAGAACCAGAACAACAACAAGAACAUCAAGGACAAGGGAAAAAUGACGAGGAAGAAAUAGAAAGGUGUGAGAUUUCUGGGGUUACUUUAUCUAAAGCUGAAAUUGAUGCCAACCCAUCUUCCAUUGAUGAUGAUUCAGUGAGUGUUUCUUUACCAAAUCAUUUAACUACAGCUCCUUGGGUACAUGGAACAAGACCCAAAAAAAACCAUUUCUCUUCUCGGCCUAAAAUUGGAGAAAAUGUUGUACAAAACGAUGUACACACUGUUGUUGAUAUAGUGGAAAACUUGGAAAAGGAAGUUACUUGUAAUGACAAAUUUAAGAAAGAGGAUAAUAUUUUACAUGUUGAUAAUGCAGAAAGGUUAGUUAAAGAAGUUAAUUAUGAUAAGAAAUUUAAGGAAGCUAAAGUUCAAGUUGGUGGCUUUUCAGUCGAGUUAAAAAGGGAUAACGAAAUAGCAAGAGCUAAGUACUCUAAAAGUCCAUCUUAUAUAAAUGAGAAACCUUUUGGGGCCAACGGAGGAUACGGGGUUCAGGUUUCUUAUGAUGAUAAUAGCAGUUCAAUUGAAUUGCCCUGGGAGAAAGAGAGGGUAAUGGAGUCUGUGGAAGGCUAUUUGAGGGGGAAGAGAAGCAAUACAGAGUUGGCUGAGAGAAUGUUGCCUGAACAUGAGUUGAAGAGGCUGAGGAAUGUUGCCUUGAGGAUGUAUGAGAGGAUUAAAGUGGGGGCUGCAGGCAUUAAUCAGGAUUUGGUGGAUGCAGUUCAUGAGAAGUGGAGGCUUGAUGAAGUGGUGAAGUUGAAGUUUGAAGAGCCUCUUUCAUUUAACAUGAGAAGGACGCAUGAGAUUUUAGAGAAUAGAACUGGGGGUUUGGUUAUAUGGAGGUCAGGGAGUUCAGUGGUGUUGUACAGAGGAAUUUCGUACAAAUUACAUUGUGUGCGGUCAUUUUCCAAGCAAGAUGAGGCUGGUAAGGAAAUUUUGGCACAUCCAGAAGAAGUGACAAGUAAUGCUACACUCAAUAUAGGAGUAAAGCACUUCAUUGGAACUACAGAAUCAUAUAUACCUGAUCGUGCAAAGUAUUUGAAGGAUUUAUCUCGAGAAGAACUCACAGACUUCACUGAACUAAACCAGUUCUUGGAUGAGCUGGGUCCCAGGUUUGAAGACUGGUGUGGCCGUGAGCCAUUGCCUGUUGAUGCAGAUUUGCUUCUUGCAGUGGAUCCUGGAUAUAAACCUCCAUUCAGACUUCUUCCUUAUGGGGUAAGACAUUGUUUAACAGACAAGGAGAUGACGAUUUUCCGUAGGCUUGCAAGAACAGUGCCUCCUCAUUUUGCCCUUGGAAGGAACAGACAACUGCAAGGUCUGGCUAAAGCUAUAGUGAAACUAUGGGAAAGAAGUGCUAUUGUAAAAAUAGCCAUAAAACGUGGUGUGCAGAAUACACGUAAUGAGAGAAUGGCCGAAGAGCUCAAGGUAUUAACAGGUGGAAUACUACUUUCUAGAAACAAGGAGUAUAUUGUAUUUUACAGGGGGAAUGAUUUCUUGCCACCUGCUAUUGUGAAGACUCUGAAAGAAAGGAAGAAAUUAACUUAUCUUAAACAAGAUGAGGAAGAGCAAGCUCGGCAGAUGGCCUUGGCUUCUGUUGAGUCAAGUGCCAAAACUUCUAAAGUUCCAUUGGUUGCUGGAACUCUUGCUGAAACUGUAGCAGCAACCUCUCACUGGAGGGACCAAAGAGGUAGUCCAGAUAUAGAUGAAAUGCUGAGAGAAGCAGUUUUAGCUAAACGCGCUUCAUUAGUCAAACAUCUCGAGAAUAAACUAGCUCUUGCAAAAGGGAAACUCAGAAAAGCGGAGAAAGCUUUAGCAAAGGUACAUGAACAUCUAGAUCCAUCAGGCCUCCCAACUGAUUUAGAAACUAUAAGUGACGAAGAAAGAUUCUUGUUUCGCAAGAUUGGUCUGAGCAUGAAGCCCUAUUUGUUCCUAGGAAAGAGAGGGGUUUAUGAUGGUACCAUAGAAAACAUGCACUUGCACUGGAAAUAUCGUGAAUUGGUAAAGGUGAUUGUGAGAGGAAAAAGCUUUGCACAAGUCAAGCACAUUGCGAUUUCUUUGGAAGCUGAGAGUGGUGGAGUAUUAGUAUCUAUAGAACGAACAACUAAAGGCUAUGCAAUCAUUGUAUACCGUGGAAAGAAUUAUCUACAUCCAGAGGUAAUGAGGCCCAAAAAUUUAUUGACAAAACGACAGGCAUUAGUCAGGUCAAUUGAACUUCAGAGACGUGAGGCACUAAAGCAUCAUAUCUCAGACUUGCAGGAGAGAAUUGAGCUACUGAAGUUGGAAUUAGAAGACAUGGAAUCUGGUAAGGAGAUUGAUGUCGAUAAAAUGAGCUCAAGGUUGGAUGAUUCUUCUAUUUCUGACAGUGAUGUUGAAGAGGGAGGGGAAGAGGCAUAUCUCGUAUCAACGAGAAUACCUAUUACCAGAACUAGAACAUGAUUCAAAGAAGGCCAGUUAUUUUUACAUCAUACAUCUUAGAUGCUGGGAAAGAUCGAUUCCAACUUGCCAAUGCAUCACCGGACUAGAUAAUACUGUGACCUAAAAUUGCAUUUUCAUGCUCUUGGACAUUUACAGGAUAUCAAGUAUAAUUACUGGAGAGUAGAGAUCUUUCAAGUUAAUUUAAUAUGCUCUGGGGAUGUUUGACCAUGUAAGCAUUAGCUUCUUUGCUUCUGUCAGUUAAAAGGAUGACUUUUCAACAGCUUUUUAAGUUACAGCUGCUUGCAUAAAUGUAAUGUCUCUGUAAAUAAAUGGAUUCUGCAAUAAUUUAUUA